CCCGAGGAAGGGAGGGGGCUCUGGUGGAGGACUUGGAGGUCUCUGGCCGACCAUCUUGUCACCUUGCCUCAGCUCCGCCGCCCGGCCCGGGCACUCAUCCCUGCUUUGGCUCUCACACGCCUCCUCCGCUUCCCUGAACCAGAGAGAACCCAGCAGCGCUCCGUCGCACUCUUCUAUACUAGUUGGCACAGGAUUGGAGGCGCCAGAAGAGACCCAGGCACCCAGAGGUCCUGCUCCUAUUGCUCUUACUCGGCCGGGGCCCGUCAGCCAUGGCGGUGGAAGGAGGAAUGAAAUGUGUCAAGAUCUUGCACUACGUUUUUCUGCUGGCCUUUUGCGCCUGUGCAGUGGGACUGAUCGCUGUGGGCAUAGGGGCCCAGCUCAUCCUGAGUCAGACCAUCAACCAGGGGGUCAUGUUGCCUGUGGUCAUCAUCGCAGUGGGUGCCUUCCUCUUCCUGGUAGCCAUUGUGGGCUUCUGUGGGGCCUGCAAGGAGAACUACUGUCUCAUGAUCACGUUUGUCAUCUUCCUAUCUCUUAUUGUGCUGGUGGAGGUGGCUGCAGCCAUUGCUGGCUAUGUGUUUAGAGACAAGGUGAUGUCAGAAUUUAAUAAGGAUUUCCGGCAGCGGAUGAAGAACUACCCAAAACAGAACCACACGGCUUCGUUCCUGGACAGGAUGCAGGAAAAUUUCGAGUGCUGUGGGGCAGCUAACUACACAGACUGGGAGACCAUCCCUCUGGAACCCAAGGGCCGAGUCCCUGAUUCCUGCUGCGUCAAUGUCACCCAGGGCUGUGGGAUUAAUUUCAGUGUGAAAGAGAUCCAUACUGAGGGCUGUGUGGAGAAGAUUGGGGUCUGGCUGAGGCGCAAUAUUCUGCUGGUGGCUGCAGCAGCCCUGGGCAUUGCCUUUGUGGAGGUCCUGGGAAUUGUCUUUGCCUGCUGCCUUGUGAAAAGUAUCCAAAGUGGCUAUGAAGUGAUGUAGGGGGUCUGGUCUCUUCAGCCCCUCAUCUAGGAGAGUGGGGUCGUAUAUUCCACAUUUUUCAAUUAAACGGAUUAUUUUUUCAGACUGAAAAGACA